AUGGCCCUGAGCCUCAUUACUUCAAACCAAGGGCAUCUACCAUUGCUGCAGUCCAGUCCAGUACAAGUUCUCGUAGAUGCUAUUCAUCAGUAUCAAAAUUCACACUCGGUCGAAAAUAAUGAGACAGAUGCCACUGAAGAUCCCUUCUGUUCCUCGUCAACUCAAACACCAAAUAGCUUCUUCAAGUCACUCACCCACAUAUCCCCAAAUGACGUUGUCGCUGGCCCAUCCACCCCUUCCCCACUUGACAACUUCUCUUGCACAGAAGAGUCGAAGAACAACUUGAAAAAAUGUGGAAAGUUGAUGGGUAAUGGCUUACCUUGUUACCUAAGCGGAAAUGCUUUCUACAUGCGAGUUGUCAACCAUGAGAAAGCAGCAGAUGAAGAAGCAGCCAAACAAGCUCGAAAAGAGGGGAGAGAACAGUGUGCUGCAGGUUUGGAGGAGUGGAAGAAGGUGGAAGAAGCAAGAAAGCAGUGUAACAGGGAAUUAAUGGGGACGUAUCAAAUGGAAUUGGAGAGGUGGAAGGAGGAAAAAGAACACGUGAAGAUGGAGAAGCAUCGGCUUGUGUGGAAAAAGCCGACACAAGGUAAGUUGGAAGCGCCGUUACAUAAACCAGUAGUUGUGGAGGGCACUGUAGGUGACGAGCUUGAUGUCGGCAAGGAUGAGCAUGAGAAUGCCAGUGAUGAGGAUGAAGAGGAGUAG